CAUCUCCUUUGACGUCAUCUGUCAACAUCCAAGAUGGCGUUCACGUUGUAUGCUUUGAUUCAAGCUGUGAUUCUAGGAGUAAAUGCUGUUGCUGUCCUACACGAAGAACGAUUUCUAAGCAAAAUUGGCUGGAGCGUGGAUCAAAAUGUUGGGGGAUUUGGUGAAGAACCAGGAAUCAAGGUCCAGCUGAUCAACCUCGCGCGUUCUGUUCGAACAGUGAUGAGAGUGCCUUUGAUAGCUGUCAAUGCCGUCUGCAUUGUGUUGUUGCUGCUGUUUGGCUGAGCCAGUUGGAUGGAUAAUCCAGGAGGGGUGAUCUGCAAGAUAUCAUGUGACCCAUGACUACGGCAUUAAACGACUCUGCAAUUUGCACUACGUGAAUAAUUGUUAGGCUAUUUAUUGUAGCGUGAUUUGUAUUAUUAGUUACUCUAAUGAGCUGCCCAUGACCACUUUUGACUUAGCUGCAGACUGAGGAAAAAAGUGCCUUGUUUGUAGAGCUCUAGGCCUGUUGUAAAAAUAUAUCUUGUGUCUGUCAGAAGACUCUCAGGUUGUGAUAAAUUCAUUAGCAUUUUUUUCCACUUUAAUUUAAUUCAGUGUGUUUUGUAGAGAUGUUACCUAGCCUACAUCGGAUAGAUCAAUAAAGCGGCAAAAUUAUAUUGCUUUUCA